AAGAUAACAGUCGCGUCUACACAACACUCGAGAAAUGAUCCAACUACAUACACACCUACAUUCGUCCUUCAUUAUAAAUUACAUAUGAUAAAAAAAAACUUCACUAGCGACACUAUAAAACGGGAUUUUUUUCAAGUCGCCAAUAAAUUACACGAUACGACCGAAUGAAGCAGGCUAUCAGCAUUGCGAAAAGUUCAUGGAUACGAAAUAAUUGUAUCUACGUUUCGUGUUGCGGUAGAAGUGCACUUCUUAGCUCUGAAAUUGUCAGUUUUUUAAAAUGUCCAACUAUCGCGCUAUUUAUCAUCAAACACUAUCUACAAUACCAGUAUGUCUGGGUGAAUUUUCGCUGGGUCUAGUUUGCGGAUGGAUAGCUCCAAUGAUCAAAACAUUCUUGGAAGACCCAGACUCCGAAGUCGUAGCAACCGAAGAAGAAUGCUCGUGGAUCGCCAGCUUGACUGAAUUUGGACGAAUAUUCGGUCCUUUGUCCUCGUUGUUACUUCUAGACAUCAUAGGACGAAAAUCCAUGCUACAAAUCUCAUCGAUUAUAUUCUUCGUCGUAUGGGUAGCUAUUCUAUUCACUCGUUCUCCGAUGGUCUUAUGCGCGACGUUUUUCGUUUUCGGAUUAGGUGUCGGUAUUUGCAACUCGGCAUCGGCAGUUUACCUUGGAGAGAAUAGUUCUCCAACGCUUCGGGGUAUUUUUUGCAGUAUCACAGCAACUGCGUUUUACGUAGGUGUUCUAGUCCAGUACAUAAUCGCUGGCUACUUAUCGUAUCACAAUUUGUCAGUUGCGAAUAUAAUAAUGGCGUUCGUUAGCUUAGCUAGUACGUUGUUCUUAGUCGAAUCUUCUCAAUUUCUCAUGCUAAGAGAUCGCUUCGACCGAGCCGAAAAGAACAUGAUGUGGUUGAGAGGAACCAGCAACAAAGAAGACAUUAUGGUAGAAUUUGAAGACAUUAAAUCGAACAUAGCGUCGGAAAAAUUGAAGAAAACAUCGUACAAAGAGUUAUUCACAUCAACGGCGAAUUAUAAAAGUCUGAUUAUAGUCUUGGUUAUGAAUAUGGCUCAUGCAGCGACUGGAAAUGCAGUCAUGUUCACGUACAUUUCGGUUAUAUUCCCAGAGAACGAUUUCUUCACGUCGAAUCAAGUAACCGUGUAUUUUGGAGUCUCCCAGAUGACUUUAUGCCUCUUAGGGUCGCUGAUCAUUGAAAACUACAAUCGCAGAACACUGACGUUGCUAUGUUACGCUAUAUUUAUUUUAUGCCAUGUAAUUGCAUCCUAUUUUUUGUACGACGCUGUCAAUAAUGAAACUCCUGUGACAUACGGUGUGUGGAUAGUAUUCGCAUCGGUGUGUAUUUUUUCUGGAUUCAGCGCUGUUUUGGAUUCUGUGAUACAUAUACUCAGAGGAGAGCUAUUCCCUCAAAGUAUCAGACCGAUUGGAUCAGCGUUGUCGAUAUCAGCGCAUUCUUUCAUAGAGUUCCUAACUGUCAAGAUAUUUUUGUCGAUAAAAUCGCAAUAUGGCACCCAUGUGAAUUUUUUGGGGUAUGCUGUCGUCAGUUUAAUUUCCUUUUUAUUCAGUUAUUUCGCAUUACCAGAAACUAGAGGUAAAACUUUGAUUGAGAUACAGAAAAUGCUGGAAAGAUCAAAAUAGUUUGUAUGAAUAUAUUCGCAUGCUGACAUUGCUUAUCAAUGACCAUUUGAAACGUACGGUCGGUUGAAAAUAUGGUAAGGGGUUUAAAUUCUCAGAAUUCUCAAAAUCAGUACCUACUUCAUUUUCAUACAUUCUGUUACCACAUGUGGACACUUCAUUUAAUUCAGGAAAAAUUCAGGUGCAUGAACUCUCAACUUCAAGUAAUAGGUACCAAGUCUCUCAUGCUCCAAAUCAGGGUGAAAUCAUUAUUGAAAUUUUAAUUUUACCACCUUCGAAGGAAAUGUUGUUCAUUUUGGAAGUCAUGUGAAUUCCAAAAAGUGACUUCUACUUCAGUAAUUUGGAAUAUAAGUGAACUGGGCAUAAGAUAAACGGCUUCGUCGAAUCAAUAAAGGGUGUGAAGGAAGAGGGGGCGGGGUCAAGAAUGGAAUGCAAGUUCAUCUAAUAGGUAAUUUCAUUUUUUUUCUCAUCUUCAGUUUAGUUGAUGAGUAAAAAUUGCUCAAAAUCCAAAAAACGCUCUCCAUGAUUCAAAAUUCCAGUUGAUAAGAAAUCUUUCUAUACCUACACUCUUUUUGACCAACACAAUUCUGAUUGGACCAACACUUUUUUCCUAUUCGGAUAAUUCUCUUGUUGGGUAAGCUACUUGCAAUGAACUUGUUUCUCAAGUUUCUGACUAAAAGUCAAUAAAUUUGCAUAAAAAUUAGACAUCGGUAUGAAUGGUAUACAUCUCUGGCUAUUGCUUAUCUUUGCUCCCAUUUCUACUCAAGUAUUCAGCCCUUUGGAGAAUUUUCCCCGCAAAUUUACCAAUUUUAUAUCAGUUGGGAAAAAAAACAUAAUAACUGGUAAUUUCAGUGAAGAGUUUGACUUUUUCCAGGUGAGAGGGAGGGGAAAUUUAAUUUAAUAAAAAUCCAUAAAGACCCGGUUUAUUUGCAGAUUUAUGUAAUAUCGUUAUAAAAUAAAUACUCAAUUAAGUUUAGUUAUGACCAGAAAUUGGAAAGUGUUUUUAUUCCUUGGUUUGGUUGUUUUUGUUUUAUUGAAUAAGUAAUAAAUUUUUUUUAUGAAUUUAA